AUGCAGCACAGCUCCAUCCACUGGUUUCGGAAAGGUCUCCGGCUGCACGACAACCCGGCACUGCUGGCGGCAGCCACCAAUUGCCGCCGUCUUCAUCCCCCCUUCAUCCUCCACCCUUCCAGCAAUCGGGCAGGCAUCAAUGCCCAGCGGUUCCUCCUCGAUGCUCUGCGGGACCUGGAUGGGAGCCUGCAGGAAAUGGGCUCCAGGCUGUUCGUGGCACAGGGCUGCCCAGAGGAGGUGUUCCCCCAUCUCUUCCAUGCCUGGGGGACGACGCGGUUGACCUUUGAGGUGGACACCGAACCUUCUGCCUGCCGGCGCGAUCACGGCGUGGAGGUGAUCCGGGAGGUGUCCCACACCCUCUACGACACUGAGAGAGUCCUCGCCCUGAACGAUGGCAAAGCCCCCCUGACCUACAAGCGCCUGCAGAGCCUCCUGGCAUUGCUGGGACCUCCAGAGAAGCCAGCCCCAGCACUCACACAGGAGCACCUCCAGGGCUGCCUCACCCCAUGCCAGGCCAGCCAUGAUGGUGACUACAGGGUCCCCACCUUGGAGGAGCUGGGCCAGGACCCCGCCAAGGUGGGUCCUCACCUCUACCCUGGUGGAGAGACAGCAGCACUCGCUCGGCUCGACACCCUUAUGGAGAGGACGGCCUGGGUGUGCAACUUCAAGAAGCCUGAGACAGAGCCCACCUCACUGAGCCCCAGCACCACUGUCCUCAGCCCCUACCUCAAAUUUGGCUGCCUGUCGGUCCGCACCUUCUGGUGGCGGCUGGAUGAGAUUUACCAGGGGCGGGAGCACUCCCAGCCCCCUGUCUCCUUGCAUGGGCAGCUCCUCUGGAGGGAGUUUUUUUACACUGCUGGUGCCAGCAUCCCCAAUUUUGAUCGGAUGGCUGGCAACCCCGUCUGCCUGCAGGUCGAGUGGGACGACAACCCCCAGCACCUCCACGCCUGGAGGGAGGGCCGGACAGGAUACCCCUUCAUCGAUGCCAUCAUGACCCAGCUGCGCACCGAGGGCUGGAUCCACCACCUCGCUCGGCACGCUGUUGCCUGCUUCCUCACCCGCGGGGACCUCUGGGUCUCCUGGGAGGAAGGGCUGAAGGUCUUUGAGGAGCUCCUGCUGGAUGCCGACUGGUCCCUCAACACUGGGAACUGGCUGUGGCUAUCGGGCAGCGCCUUCUUCCACCGAUAUUUCCAUGUCUACUCGCCCAUCACCUUCGGCAAGAAGACAGACCAGGACGGGGCGUAUAUUCGGAAAUACCUUCCCAUCCUUAAGGAUUUCCCCACCAAGUACAUCUACGAGCCCUGGAAGGCACCACAGGCUGUGCAGGAGCGGGCAGGCUGCCUGGUGGGCACCCACUACCCCCAGCCCAUUGUGGAACACGGAGUAGCAAGCAAGAGGAACCUGGGGCGCAUGAAGGCGGCCCGUGCCCAGAAAGACACCAAGCGGGAGCCACCGGCUGGCCCCUCCACAGUGAAAUCGCAAAGGAAAAAGCCCAAGAUUGAGCAGCACUGA